UGAAAUGGGAAGCUUUGCAUGAAUCAGAGACCAGCACAUCUCAGUUAGCCAGAUUGUGUCAAGGCACAUUCAUUUUAUUUCCAGCCUUUCUCUUUAGGGUACAGUUUAGGCUGUAUGUCUUGUAGGUUUUAGAAGUAUUUCCCUGACACACUGCUCUUUCCUUCAGGGGGAAGAGCAUGUCAGGAAGGGAAUGAGUGGCUCUUUCCUUAGAGGUUCUGUGAGCAUUUACCGUAUCGACUAUAAGUCAACCUCAUGUAUAAGUCGAGGGCAAGUUUGGGGGGCAAAAAUGAUGGAUUUUGAUAUGGCUCGUAGAUAAGUCGAUUGUAAAACUUAGGGGCGUAUAGCAAAGGAUGAAGCAAACCAAAACAAUGUCAACGAACCUACAAAAUUCCAACCAUGAUGUUUGUGCUCACAUUUAUCGCUGGAUGGAUAAGAGAAUAGAGAGGGUUGGUGCUUCCAGGACAGAUUAUACUCUUGCCUUUCACCAGGGGAUAAGAGUUAAGAUACAGUAUUUACAUUGACCCAUGGAUAGGUUGACUCAGGUUUUUUGGGUCAUUUUUGGACCCAAAUUUCUAGACUCAUACAUAAGUAUAUACAGUAAAUAUACAGCCAGGUCUUUGAAAAUAUAGCUGCCACUACCCUGAAGGGAUGCUGUAAUUUCUACCCAUUCCAUCUUGCUACCUCACAUCUUGAUAUGAGAUAAAGGGUGGUGGUUAUACUCUUCUAGUUACAGAAGAGUUCUGGCUGUGGAGGUGGCCACUCGUGACACAGGAGCUUGUGUGCAAAGAAUUUACAGUUGCACAUGUGCUGCCAGCGCAUGUCAGUUGGAAUCCUAAUGGUCAGUCCAGACUACAGUCGCCCAUUGAAUAAAUAGGCAAAAGGACCUUGUAGUACCUUUGAAAGAUAGGAGUUGUUGCAUAAGCCUUCGUAGCCUAAGCCUGCUUCAUCAGACGACUCAGGACCAAAACACACUGUAGAAAUAACCCCAUUUGGGAGCACUUUGCCCAGGCUCAGUGCUAGGGAAUUCUGGGAAUUGUAGUUAAUUGUGGCUCCAGAACUCUUCACAGAGAAGGCUAAAUGUCUCACAACACUACAGUUCCCAGAAUCCUAGCAUUGAGCCAGGGCAGUUAAAGUGCUCCCCAAUGGGAUUAUUUCUGCAGUGUGUUUUGGACCCCAGUCUACUAGAAGUUAUUUUUCUCUAAAGGUGCUUCAAGACUAACAUGUCUAUGUCUUUGAUUUUGACCACCAUUGAAUAAACGUUUGAGUCAGCAGAUAAAUAUAAUUGAUCCAAAGGCUCUAUGCAAAAUUAAUGACAGGAUUUAAGCAAUUGCCUAGACUGCUCCAGUGGACAAAAGAGAGAAGCUUUUGUUUUGACCCCUGGGGAGGAAGGCUCCAAACGUGGUGGCAAUUCAUUCCCCAUCUCCAAAGGUUGCAUUGUUUUCACAUUUGGGAACAAAACCCUGCUGUACAACAUAAGCACCUACAAAUCUGUUUUGUAAUUCGCCACAUGCUGUUUAAAAGGGUUGGUCAGCCCCCAUAUCCAUGGAUUCAAGCGUUCACGGCGUGAGGCUAUUCCAAAAAUAGAUAAAUUCCAAAAAAGCAAACCUUGAUAUUACCAUUUUAUAUACUUGCCAUUAUAUAAAUGGGGGGGUAAAAGAAGACAAUACGAUCGUGGAGAAGCCCAGUUCUCUACAUAAUGUGUAUUGUGUUACCAAAUGUCUGUCCUGACAGUUGUUCACAACAACAUUGAAGCCCUUUUUCUCCCGUAGUACGCCUGGUGUAUUAAAUCUGUAAAAGAGCACUAGUAGCGUCAAGUGAGGAGCAGACUUGCUACAGAUGAUUUACUCCACAGUAAGAACUUGGGUUCAAGGGCUGCUGAAGAUGACAAAGGUGACCGGUGCAGCCCUUGCCCAUGGCGGCUGGGGGACCCUGGAGCCGAACCCUAAAACAGAUCUACGCUCCAGGAGCCGCCAGACUCAGCUUGGUGCAGAAAGAAAUAAGAGUGUGUUCCCAGAUGGAGUCCAUCCAACCUCCUUUUUUCUUCCUCCAGGAGCCCAGAGUAGCCUGUAAUAUCUCCCUCUUCGCUCCCCUUUCCAUGUCUCUGACAAGGGCCACGCAAAGGGACGGACCCUGGCGCAUUCCCCGUUGCUUCCCCACAUCUCCCAGCCUGCAUGUCUGCCUGCAACAACGGCGCCAAGAUGCCUUCUCCUCAGGAGGCUGCCAAUGGCUUCUCCCAACCCAGUGCCUCGGGCACUUGGCACAAACCGGAGGAAGAGGUGAGACUGGUGGAGUCUGGCCUGGUGAAGAAGGCCCACCGGGAGAUCCUGGACCACGAGCGCAAAAGGCGGGUGGAGCUGAAAUGCAUGGAGCUGCAAGAGAUGAUGGAGGAACAAGGGUAUUCUGAAGAGGAGAUCCGGCAGAAGGUUGGGACCUUCCGGCAAAUGCUGAUGGAGAAGGAGGGUGUGCUCACCCGUGAAGACCAGCAUGGACGCCACAUAGUGAUAGAAAACCAUCAUAUGGUGGACGGAGAAGGGUACGCGAUUGAAUACGCAGAAUACCGGGAAGGCUGCCCGCUCCAGUGCGACUGUACAAGCGACUGCUACCAAGAUGACAGCAGUCACCGGGAAUACAGGCUGAAGAGGCGAUCCAGUAGCUCCACCUCUCCCCCGCCAAAGAAGAAAAAGAAAAAGAAAUCGGGUCACCGUCGAAGCCGCAAAAAAAGGAAGCCGGGAUCAGAACGCAGUGGGGAUAGCUCUUCCCCAGUCCGGAAGGAAAAGAAGAAAAAGACUGGGAAAAAACAUCGGAGGGAGAGGUCUGCAUCUGGAUCUCGCAAGAAGAGGAGGCACAGGUCCAGAAGUCCCAAGAGCAAACGGAAAGAGAAAAACAAAGAUAGGAAAAGGUCGCACAGUGGCUCAUCAACCCGGCGGUCCCAUAGACACAGUAGCGGCAGUUCGCGGAGCACGUCCCUCUCUUCCAACUAUAGCGACAGCAAAUCGACAAGCAGAGUGAGCCCCAGCUACAGAGAAGGUGGCCAGAAGGCCAGCAGCCACCGGUCCAGCCAGAGCCCAUCCUCCUCUUGUACUGACCACAGUCGAUCUGCCACCCCUCACCAAAACGGGCACAAGGGCAGUGCCCAGAACGGACGCCAUAGCCACGGAGCUCCCUCGGAGAAAAAACAGGAGAGGACGAAUUCGGUCUCACCCUCGGGCAGGGUGCAUGUCAAGCCGGACGCCCCUUCGCCCCACUCCAAAGAGAGCCGGGGGAGUAAGCAUGGGCCAAAGACCCCACGGCGGUCCGCCUCGCCUGGACGGUGCUCCGGAGGAGAGAAGCGCUUCCGUCGACGUCGCGCCCGGUCCAUCUCGACUUACAAGCACAAAGGACGGAGCAGGGGCAAAGUGUCAGCCUCCAAGGAGUCACCCCGUUCGGUCAGCCACACGGGGUACAGCAGCGACUCCGAGGGGUCCGCAUGUUCGCAUCCAUACCACGCACCGGCCGGGAUGGAGAAGAACCACGGGGUACAUCCGAAAACAGCAAAAGAGAGGCACCAGCGGGGGAGACCCCACAGCAGUUCUCCAACCCAAGCCCCCAAACACUCCCGGCACAACUCAGAGCGGAGGAAGAGCCUCUCAAGGAGCAGCUCCUGGAGUUCCAGCCGCUCCCCGUCGAAGUCGCGGUCCCGAUCCCGAGAGAAGAGAUCCGCACGCAGCAGAACACGGUCGGGGUCGCAGAAAAAAAUAACCAGCAGCAGAGAGAAAGACACAGAACCACGGACGCGGCACAGCGAUACGGAGCCGAGUCGCGCCCGGCGUCGUUCUCGGAGCUACUCCCCAAUCCGGAAACGACGGCGCGACUCUCCCAGCUUCAUGGAGCCCAGAAGAAUUACCAGUCUCAAGGUGCGUCCUGGAGAAACGUCCAAAAGGAAGCCCAUAGACACAAGGUGGGGUUACGAUGGUAACCUUGCCUUCCGUCGGGACCCCGCUGUUGAACCCGCCACUCUUGCCCGCAAGCGCCCGAUCCCUUACUACCGACCCAGCCCGUCCUCUUCCAGCUCGCUUACCAGCUACUCCUACAGCCGGAGCCGGAGCCGGAGCUACGACAGCUAUAGCAGCAGCCGGAGCCGGACUCGAACCCCAAGCCGCAGCCCGAGUUACAACAGCCGGAGCAGCUCUGAGAGCGCCGGAUUUUGACAGACAGCCGCUCGGUCGUGAGUUGGCUCGUCCUUUCUCCAGCCCGAACUCUAUCUCUCUCUUUGUCUCUGCGUCCUACCAACCCUGCUGCCGACCAGCGCUCAGGCAUGCCCAGCUCAGUUCCUCAACUGGUUUCCGUUCCUUGACCGUUGACUCCAGAGCCGGAUCCUCAUCUCUCUGGAGAUACCGGAUACAUCCCAUCAGCGAGGGCUGGGUAGCUGGUCGACCUGUUACCUUUGGGAUCUGGGAAGUCUACAGGUAGGACUUGCAGGGGAGGAGAAACUGUGGAGUCACCUGUUUCGAAAAGACGCCACGGCACAUCAUGGGAAACUCACAUCAGAAGCAGGCGUUUCGUUUGGAUCUGAAGGACUGAAAGACGUUUCAUUUGGAUCUGAAAGACCCGUUUGGUUUUUUUUCCUCGCAGCAAGGACCAGGUUGCUUCAAUAGGACCUGGUAGAGUUCCCUCCUUCCAUUCUUCCCUCUCCGUUUUCUUCUUUCUUUGUUUUUCCAGCGAGAAAACAAUAACAAUUCCUACAAAUGAAAAGGUAGGGAAUGGUCGGACAUCGAACGCCUAGCCUUCCGAAACGGCACACCGAACAAAUGGACAAAACUCGACUCUGCUGAGUUAGGAAAAAAGGAUGCCGAGGGAAAGAGGGGGCAGUGGUCCUUUAUUUAUUUGCUUAUUUAUUUAUUUAUUUAUUUAUUUAUGAUCCUUUACAUUUUUCUUCUUUUUCCGUCCCCCCCCGCGAACGGACAGCUCACAAGAUGGUUCUACUUCCAGCUCGGAAGGACGUUAUCGACUGUAUUUAUGUAUUUUAUGUAGUUACUUGGUUUUGUCGUGCUCAGUUCCUUUCGGAUUCUAGGACCGAAAGACCGGAGAGAUUUGCACUUAAUAGUUUAUCCCAGGGGUGGGGAGAAGGGAAAGGUUGGAAAAGGAAAGUACGGGGAAGGGCCACGGCGGUGUUUGUCGGGAGAAGAAUAUGGUUACGAGACGGACAUAGAGAAUGGAGGGAAACAAAAGGAAGGGGAGAAGAGAGAGAAAGGAAAAUAUACUAUCUUUCUGCUCCGUUGCUAGAGCACCUGCAAACAUUUCUUGCCAAGACUCAGUUCUCUGGCGGAUGUUACUUCUGGCAAAAUAGUUUCUGGUCGAAGCUCUAGCUAAGAGGAUCCAUUAGGCAGCGAUGAGAAGGAGAUCUCUACAUUGCUCUGUGGAUGAGACUUUGGAGAACCAUUCAAACUAGACAAUCGGAGGUGAGAUGCAGGCCAAAGGUUUGUCCUGGCCCAGAGAAGAUGGACUAUCUUCAAGAUGAUUCGGAUUAAGACAAGGCCAAUCCACACAAUUCAGGCUCCUAAAGACUUGCGUGCCAUUGAGCAACUCCAGGACGCUGCCGGACAAGGAAUGAAAGAGAAAAGGAUUUGAGAUUGAAACUGUAUGAGAGAGAGAAGAAGACAAACUUGCCAGACCUAAGUGCAAAUUGCAUUUGGCCCUUCGUAUCCGCCGGAGUUUGGAUACCAAAAUCCAUGGACACUCAGGUCCCAUUAAAUACAAUGGUGUAGUGAAACGAUGUCCCUUAUCUAAAAUGGCAAAGUCAAGGUUUGCUUUUUGGAAUACAUACAUACAUAUAUAUGUGUGUGUUUAUUUUCAAGCCGCGCACAGUUGAAUCCGUGGAUAAAGAACCCAUGGACACGGAGGGCCAACUGUACUCUGUGAGAGACUGGUUCAAAAUAGCCCAUUGCUUGGUGUAUGAUGACAAAUAUACACACACACGCACACACAGGCUAAAUUAUGUUGUCUUCAGCUAUCUAUCUAUCUAUAUAUUGCUGAAGACAACAUAAUUUAGCCCAUAUAUGUGACCAGGGACUUGAUACUUACAACUGGGAAGUGAAGUCUCAAAAGUUGUAACCUAGCAUUCAAACCACAACACCAGACUGUGUCCUCAUUGCAGAAUUAUAGUGGGACUGUUACUUCCCUUGUCUUGAAAAAAAAUAUGGCCCUGUUAAUGCAGGUUCAGGUGUUAUUUGCCUUGUCUGCUGCAGCAUUACACUGCUGGGUCAUGUUUUAACUUGGGAUCAGCAAGACAGAGUCUCCCGAGUCAUAUAGUCCAGUGCUCAAAAAAACUACAUGUUACAGAUGUCUAUAAUCUGGAACAAAUGUUGUCCUCGACAUCCAGUAGUUUGCACUGUUACCCUGUUCUUGUAAAUGUUUGAGGGCAGUCAAAAUGGCUGAAAGGACUUCCUCGCAUUAAUGUGCAUGCGCAACAAUUGCCUUUGCGCAGUUCGAUUCUUCGGACCCCGUUCAGCAAACGAAAACAACCGGUCAUGGAUGGAUCAGGGCAUCCGCCUCCAAGGAAACCUUACAAAGUGGUACAGAAAUACACACGGCGCAACAAAAGGAGAAAGACGACGCAUCAGGGAAAAACAAUACUUUCAGUCUUCCUAGCGUUCUUUCGUAGUCUCCGCAAGCGGUAGCGAAAUUGGAACAAAUAGCCCUGUAGAAAAACGUUCUCUCUCUCUCUUUCUCGCUCUCUUUCUCUCUCGGUUCUUUUGUUUCUUUGGACUGUGAGUUGUAGAUCCAGUGAACUGAUUCAAUUAUAAUAAAAUAUACAAGAUAUAUAUA